CGCAGAUAGCAGACGACAUGCCAUCCACGUCUUCACGUGAUCACAUUUCAUGUCAGUGGCUUUGUCUCUUUCACUCGCAAACUUCACCAACUUCAACAUGACUGGAGCAACAGGUUCUUCUGGAGAUAAGUUUAGAGGGCGGAAGUGUUUCGUACUUAUCACUGGUGGAAGCAGGGGAAUUGGAAAAACUCUAGCGAUAGAAUUCGCUAAGAAUCUAGCCAAGGACUCUGUAAUAGUCAUAACUGGUCGCAACGCUACAAACUUGCAAGACACGGAAUUUAAAAUCGCAUCUACUGCUGAGCACAUAAAGGUCGUAGGUGAAACGUGCGAUCACUCAACUGCCACUUACCAAGAUUACGAGCAACUUAUGUCAAGAACUUCCCGGUACGUUGAAAACCCCGAGAGCACAAUAUUGGUCCACAACGUUGGAACUCUGGGCGACGUUUCGAUGUAUGCUGCUUCAUACGAUGAUCCAAAAAUGAUCGGUGAUUACAUGUACCUCAACCUAACCUCAGUGAUGUUAUUGACGUCGGCAUUUUUAAAACAAUAUGGCCCAAAUGCCAAUGUCGCGAAGACCAUCAUAAACAUCAGUACACCACUGGCAAGAAAAGCAGUGGCAGGUCUUGGACUCUACAGUGGCGGGAAGGCAGCGCGGGAGAUGUAUCUGAAUGUUUUGGCCGUAGAAAAUCCUGCGGUGAAAAUUCUACACUACUAUCCUGGGGUUGUUAAAACUGACAUGCUGGCAGAGAUUCAGACGGGUGUCAAAGAAAUGCGACCAGCGUGGGAAGAAUUUCUCACCAAAGCCAUGGAUCCAGAACCCAGUGCUGGAAUGCUCGUCGACAUUCUACGCAGCGGGGACUUUGAAUCUGGGGAGUAUAUCAGCUACUAUGAUCGUGCGUGCAAGGUUGAGCAGUAUGGCAGGAGUACCACGAGCACAGAGUAGAGAUUCUUUGUGUGCCAAUAACAUAUGGGCAUGGACUUUGUUGUUCUCAAUGAAAGGUAUAGUGAUAGGAUGAUAUCAUGCCUGUGAACGUACACUACUCCAUCAAGACGGACUAACGUGCUUGACGAACAUUUCCAGUUCAAGAGCUUUGGCAUUGCCCUCUGUGUGCAUGCCUCACAUACUUAAUUCAUAGGAACUUCAAAGCAUUUGUUACGUUCUAAUAGUUCUCCAUGAACAUUUUUCCAAUGUUACAAAUAUAUGUCUUGAAAAUGGUUUAUGUGUCACAUCAACACCCUUGAAUUUCCCAGCUGGCAGCUAUUGUCUCAUCGAUUGUCUGGUCAGCUUCCAGUAUGUGCUGGUCAAGGUACUGUGAUGCUUUCUUGAAAUAAAAGAUAUCCACACAGA